ACAACGGCGACAACGAUCAUUGGUUAGAAAAUUGAAUUUAUCAAAAGCCGGUACUGCGUUGUUUCAACAUUUUUUUGUGAAGAUUUAAUAUUUUUUUGAAUUGUGGGUUUACGACAUUUUUAAAAUAAGUCAGUAUGGAACUCACGGAUGACAAUUUGCUUACUCUUAGUGAAUAUUUAAAGCAUACACUUAGUCCAGAUAUAAAUGUUAGACGGCCAGCUGAAAAGUUUUUAGAAUCGGUUGAAGUAAAUCAAAAUUAUCCAUUACUUCUUUUACAUCUUGUGGACAAAUCUGAAAUCAAUAUAACCAUUAGAAUUGCUGGUGCAGUUGCAUUUAAAAAUUAUAUAAAACGUAAUUGGAAAGUGGGAGAAGAUUCUGUAGAUCGUAUACAUGCACAAGAUAGGGAAGCUAUUAAAAAAUUAAUUGUUAAUUUAAUGCUUCAUUCUCCUGAUUCUGUUCAAAAACAAUUAUCUGAUGCUGUUUCAAUAGUUGGAAAGUAUGAUUUUCCAAAUAAAUGGCCAGAACUUAUAGACCAAAUGGUUGAAAAAUUUAAUACAGGAGAUUUUCAUGUUAUUAAUGGUGUAUUACAUACUGCACAUUCAUUAUUUAAAAAAUAUAGAUAUGAAUUUAAAAGUCAAAGUUUGUGGACUGAGAUAAAAUUUGUCUUAGACAGAUUUGCUAAACCUUUGACAGAUCUGUUUGUUGCUACAAUGAAUUUAAUGCAAGUACAUGCAAAUAAUAUAGAUGCAUUAAAAAUUAUAUAUAGUUCUUUGGUAAUUUUAUCCAAAGUAUUUUAUUCUCUUAAUUUCCAAGAUUUACCCGAAUUUUUUGAAGACAAUAUGGCUAUAUGGAUGAGGAAUUUUCAUAUUUUGUUGAAUACAGAUGUACCAUCUCUACAAUCUACGGAUGAAGAAGAAGCAGGAGUAAUUGAACAAUUAAAGUCACAAGUUUGUGAUAAUAUUGGCCUUUAUGCUCAGAAAUAUGAUGAAGAAUUUCAACCAUAUUUACCUGAGUUUGUAACUGCUGUGUGGAAUUUAUUAACAUCUACUGGCCAGCAACCAAAAUAUGAUACUUUGGUAUCGAAUGCUUUGCAAUUUUUAGCAACAGUAGCAGAUCGUGCUCAAUAUAGACAUUUGUUUGAAGAUCCUACUACUUUAAGUAGUAUAUGCGAAAAAGUUAUAAUACCUAAUAUGGAAUUUAGAGAAUCGGAUAAUGAAUUAUUUGAGGAUAAUCCUGAAGAAUAUAUAAGACGAGAUAUUGAAGGCAGUGAUGUUGACACACGAAGACGUGCUGCUUGUGACUUAGUUAAAGUACUUUCUAAAUAUUUUGAAGCAAAAAUAAUGGAAAUUUUUGGUGCUUAUAUACAGGUGAUGUUACAAAAUUAUGCUAAUAAACCUGCUGAAAAUUGGCGAAGUAAAGAUGCUGCAAUUUAUCUAGUCACCAGUAGUGCAAGCAAAGCUCAAACACAAAAACAUGGUGUUACUCAAAGCAGUGAACUUGUUCCAUUACCUCAAUUUGCAAUGCAACAUAUUGAACCAGAAUUAAUCAAACCAAAUGUGAAUGAAUUUCCUGUACUUAAAGCUGAUGCAAUUAAAUUCAUAAUGACCUUCAGAUCGAUAUUACCUAAAGAAAUGAUAAUUGGUAGUUUACCACAAUUAAUUAGACAUUUAAGUGCUUCAAAUAUUGUUGUUCACACAUAUGCUGCAUGUGCAAUUGAAAAAAUACUUGCAAUGAAAGGACCCGAUAAUUUAUUUUUAGUUAAAGCUAAUGAUUUAUCACCAUUGACAUCGGAUUUAUUAAAAGGUUUAUUUGCAUGUUUGAAUAUAUCUGGCUCAGAAGAAAAUGAAUAUGUAAUGAAAGCUAUUAUGAGAAGCUUUGGUAUUUUACAAGAGAUAAUUGUACCAUUCUUAGCAGAUCUUCUGCCUAAACUUACAGAAAAACUCGCCAUGGUAUCUAAAAAUCCAAGUCGCCCUAAUUUUAAUCAUUAUCUUUUUGAAACUUUUGCUUUAUCAAUCAAAAUCGUUUGUAAAACACAUAAAGUUGCAGUUUCAUCAUUUGAAGAAGCGCUGUUCCCAAUUUUUCAAGAAAUUUUACAGCAAGAUGUUUUGGAAUUUCUACCAUAUCUUUUUCAAAUUCUUGCUUUACUUUUGGAAUUACGAACAACUCAAGAUAUUCCAGAAGCAUAUUUGGCUUUAUUUCCUUGUUUAUUAUCAUCAGUAUUAUUUGAACGUCAAGCUAAUAUUCACCCUUUAAAUCGAUUAUUAAGAGCGUUCAUUAGUCAUGGCGCACAUCAUAUAGUAGCACAAGACAAAACAAAUGGUUUGUUAGGUGUAUUUCAAAAAUUGAUUGCUUCAAAGGCCAAUGAUCAUGAAGGUUUUUUGUUAUUACAAAGUAUUAUUGAAUAUUUUGCGCCAAAUGUAUUAGAACCCUAUAUGAAACAAAUAUUCGUGUUAUUAUUUCAAAGACUUUCAUCAUCAAAAACAACAAAAUUUGUUAAAGGUUUAAUUGUAUUUUUUGCAUAUUACAUCAUUAGAUAUGGUUCCAAUAAUUUGGUUACAAUUAUAGAUCAAAUACAAUCUCGAAUGUUUGGCAUGGUUGUAGAGCGUGUAUUAAUAGCAGAUAUGCAAAAGAUAACUGGUGAUAUUGAACGAAAAGUUACUGCAGUUGGAAUGUCAAAUUUACUAAUUGAUUGUCCAGCAAUGCUAGAAAGGCCAUAUAAUACAUACUAUCCUCGUUUAUUAGCAACAUUAGUAGAAUUUUUUGAAUUACCACAAGAUCAGACUUCUUUACCUGAAGAUACUAUAUUGCCAGAAACCGAAGAUACACCUGGGUAUCAAGUAGGAUAUAGUCAAUUACUUUGUGCAAGAAAUCCUCCAAAAGAUCCUCUGGAAGCUAUCGGUGAUGUACGUUUACAUUUAGCACAAGGACUUGCAAGACUGUCGCCAAGACAAUUACUUAGUAUUCUUGACCAAAUUCCAGAACCUAAUGCUAAUCACCUGAGAAGCUAUCUUCAAACGGUUGGCAUUACCGUUGCAUAAUACGAACUAGAUGUCCGAGAUAGACUAAAAAUUCAUCUGAUUGCUCGGAAAAUAAACAAUAUUGAACUGAAUAAAUUGUAAUAAAAAGGCGAAAAAAAUUGUUUUUCCGGUAUUUGUGUUAUGAAAGCUACGAGACUGAAUAUUAUAUCACUAUGUCAUGUAAUUGAAUACUUCAACAAUUAUUUAUCAUUUUCAUGUGAUAUAUGUUUAGAGUCUGUGACUCCAGAAUCAUAAAAAAAAAAAAAAAAAGAAA